CGACUGUUUCCGCUGCUCAGACAGGAAUAUGACGACCAGCACUAGAUACAAAAGCCGGGCGGUUAAAUCAGAAGACGGGGAGGAAAAAGAGUAUGUGGGAUUUGCCACGCUCCCAAACCAAGUUCACAGGAAGUCUGUGAAGAAGGGGUUUGACUUCACCCUGAUGGUGGCUGGUGAGUCAGGUCUGGGGAAGUCCACAUUGGUGAAUAGCUUAUUCCUUACAGACCUGCACAAGGAUCGCAAGCUGCUGAAUGCUGAAGAGCGGAUCAGCCAGACUGUGGAGAUAACUAAACACACAGUGGACAUUGAGGAGAAAGGGGUGAAACUGAAGUUGACCAUAGUGGACACGCCAGGGUUUGGUGAUGCCAUCAACAACACAGAGUGCUGGAAGACCAUCACUGAUUACAUUGAGCAUCAGUUUGAGCAGUACUUUCGCGAUGAAAGCGGCCUGAACAGGAAGAACAUUCAGGAUAACCGUGUUCACUGCUGCCUGUAUUUCAUCUCUCCGUUUGGACAUGGUCUGCGGCCAGUGGAUGUGGAGUUCAUGAAGGCGCUUCAGGACAAGGUCAAUGUGGUUCCCCUUAUCUCCAAGGCUGACUGCCUGGUGCCGGCAGAGAUGAGGAAGAUGAAGGACAGGAUAAGAGAGGAGAUUGACAAGUUCGGAAUCAAAGUGUAUCAGUUCCCGGACUGCGAUUCUGACGAGGAUGAAGAGUUCAAGCAGCAAGACCAAGAGUUGAAGGACAGCACGCCAUUUGCUGUGAUUGGGAGUAACACUGUGGUAGAGGCCAAAGGUCAGCGUGUAAGAGGAAGACUUUACCCGUGGGGUGUUGUCGAAGUGGAGAACCAGUCACACUCUGACUUUGUCAAGCUGAGAAACAUGCUGAUCUGCACACACAUGCAUGACCUGAAGGACAUCACAUGUGACGUUCAUUAUGAAAACUACAGAGCCCAGUGCAUUCAGCAAAUGACAAGCAAACUGACUCAGGACAAUCGUGUGGAGAGCCCAAUCCCUAUUCUCCAACUGCCUACCCCUGAUGUGGAAACAGAAAAGUUGAUUAAAAAGAAGGAUGAGGAGCUGAGAAGGAUGCAAGAAAUGCUGCAGAAAAUGCAGCAGCAAAUGCAUGAUCAUGAUGUGUGAAUGAGCACAAGACACAUGGACACCAGCACCUCCAUGCUUGUAGAAAACAAGCAGUGGUGAACCCACCCCGUCUGCAUUUCCCUUCACACCUGGUCACAAUGCCAACAUCUGCAUAUGGAUUUUAGUAUUCACUGUUCACUGUUAACCUGAUGUCUUUAAGGUGAAGGUAACAUUAUCUAGCCCAUCUUAGCCUGGGCUCCAAAUCACUGCCAAAUCUGAGUAUUUAUAGUCUGAUUGCACUUCUUAUUUUAGACAGUGAAAAACAAUGUAUCAUUACUAUUACACAUGUAUACAUGGUGAAUAAAUGUUUAGUGAUUUUGUUUACAUUUUAAUUUAUUUAACAAUAUCACUAUAUGGUUUUGUUUAUAGUGAACGUUGUUGAUUUAAUAAAUUAACAUUUUUUUGUGAGGCAGUUUACUUUAUGCACAGGUAUGAAAGAGGGGAAGAGUCAGAGAAACAGUGUGUGUGUGUGUGUGUGUGUGUGUGAGUGUGUGUGUGAAUGUGUGUGUGUGUGUGUGUGUGUUGAACAAGAAACAAAAUUGCUUUUUUUUCCUCUAACCCAUUUAUUAUAAUAAUAGUAGCGCAGUAUAAGAUUUAUUGUGUUACCAGAUGUUUUAGAAAGUAAUAAUAGUAUUUCCUAAUAGUAUUACCACUAGUUCUAUUACGUUAUUUAUUUCUGUCAUUUAAAUGUAUACUGUAAAUAUUUUAAGAGUAUAUGUUCUAUUUUGUUUGUAAACUUUUUAUAAGUUUAAGCUUAAAUGUAUGCUGCGCUUGUUUAGCUAAUUACUAACUGAUGUUAUAAGAAUUCGCCCAUAUAGAGACAUUUGUCUUUCUCUUUUAUACAGACAUUUUGUCACUAUUUGUAUUUUUCUCUGAUGGUGAUACUACAAAAAUAUUGCAAAGACCCAUUUAAAAAUUUUUCUUUUGCACGAGAGUCUGGUCCAUUGACAGAAUGCCAGGCUACUUGAACAUAUGGGCACAUGUAUGGUCAUGAUUGUUUUAGAUUGAAGACUACAUAAUCACAUACUUCUAUUAGAAUAUAAAACUACAUUUUAUGUUACGUAUUUUAGGUCAUUUUAUCUGCAUGGUAAGCAGCGACUGUUCUUAAUAAAAAAAAUAAAACCCUUUUUUCUUAA